GGGGUCGCUUUGCGAGUGUGAUCCCAAAAAGACAACAUAUUUUUUACUCAAUUUGCGGGAAAAUCUGUCCAAGUCGUGACAGUUACACCAAAGGACGAAUCAUAGCCUGCGCUACGAAACGGGAUCUAUCGUUAACAGCUUGCGCGUAGUUUUCAUUUUGGAAAGCUGCCCUGAGAACUUUUAUGUCAAAGGUAAGCGAUGCCAUUUGAGUGAGGAUAUGCUGUGAAGAGGUAUUUUCAAGUUGUCCAAAUAAAAACCGCGUUUCAACGAUUAAGUUUAUUUUAACUGGAAGUAGAAAAGGAUCACGAUCAACCUAUGACACUGCACGUCCGCUCAGAUUGGUGCUGCAAAUGGGCGGCAUAGGCGGCAAUUUGUACCUCAAUAUGUUGAAUGGAACUGAGACACAAAGUUUCGCGAAAGAAGCCGACAUUAGCAGUCACCUGCAUCGCAACAAAGACUUGGUGGACUUGAAAAUGGGGAUUCACGACACAAGGUUUUAUUAUCAGGAAUCAAUCCAGAACGGACAGGACAAUCUGCCUCUGCAGUACCACACCGAGCAAACUGUCCCCGGAUUCGGUGCGCAACCCGGGAGGUUCUACUCACCAACUUCACUCAGCAGUUGUCACUUCAACAACAUACGGUCGCCGACGAGAGGUGGCACGGGACAGACUUAUGUACCGGCAGGAGGAGAUGGAUUUUCGUCGCAGGGCAAAGAUGUGUACCCGUCCGGUGCAGAGAGUUACUCUGCGCCCUUUCAGCACGGGUAUCCCCGCGCACCCCUGUACCCUAUACCUGGCCUACAGGUGUCUGGCAAAACACAGGCGGUCCUCAACAACUACCCUCUUUGGGCCAAGUUCCACAAAUACCAAACCGAAAUGAUCAUCACAAAACAAGGACGGAGGAUGUUCCCGUUCCUGAGCUUCAACAUCAGCGCGCUGGACCCCACGGCGCACUACAACGUCUACGUGGACGUGGUGCUCGCCGACCAGCACCACUGGAGGUACCAGGGCGGCAAGUGGGUGCAGUGUGGCAAGGCCGAGGGCAGCAUGCCAGGUAACAGGACGUACAUGCAUCCAGACUCGCCCAACACUGGCGCCCACUGGAUGAGGCAGGAGGUGUCCUUCGGCAAACUCAAGCUCACCAACAACAAAGGCAGCUCCAACAACGUGGCCCAGAUGAUUGUGCUGCAGUCGCUGCACAAGUAUCAGCCCCGUCUGCAUGUCGUGGAGGUGAAGGAGGACGGCUCCGAUGACCCCUUCCUCUCCUCCAAGGCCCAGAUCUUUGUCUUCCCAGAGACACAGUUCAUCGCCGUGACAGCCUAUCAGAACGCAGACAUCACUCAACUGAAAAUAGACCACAACCCUUUUGCUAAAGGCUUCCGGGACAAUUACGACACGCUCUACGUCCAGCAGGACUCCGAGCGGCUCACCCCGUCCCCCAGCGAGGGUCAGCAGCUCCUGGCGGGCGGCUGCUACCACCCGCAGCCUUACCUCGCCGACCAGUACAUGAGCCCCCUCCCGCAGGGCCGCUUCUACGGCCGCGCCGACAUGUCCAUGGCCGGUCAGCAGGGCCCCAAGGACCCCUCGUCCACCGUCAGCCCCCACGGCCGCUGGUACCUGCCCAGCCCGCACCCCAUGCCCCCCUCCAACUGCCUGGACUUCAACUCCUUCGACGGGGACUACGGCACGGGCAACGGGCUCUACAAGCCCUACCCCCACCACCUGCAGACGCCCGGCAACCCGGCGCUGGGCUACUACCCGGAGAGCCCCUUCUCGCCCGGGGGCAUGUCGGUGCCCGUCAGCGGGGCGUGGAGCGCCGGCGGGCGGCCCUCGCCGCCGUACCUCAGCCACCCGCGGCCCAGCAAGCCCGGCCCGCCCGCGGGGCCCCUGGGCUGGUUCCGCUCGGUGCCGCCGGCGUCCUCGUCCGCCUCGCCGGCGGCGGGGGGGGCCAACGGGCGUCUUCCGCCGCCCCCGCCGCCCGCGCUGCCCCCGCCGCCCCCCAGCGUCCUCUCCACGCCCCCGCUGGAGUCGCUGCGCCUGGCCCUGCCGCAGGACAAGCCGAAGGACGGGUGCGGUAGCGGCGGAGGUGGCGGUGGUGGCGCCGGGGAGGACGGCUGGCUGGAGGCGCCCUCGGUGAAGUCGGUGGACUCGGCCGACUCGGGACUCUACGAGGGCGGCGAGAGCAAGAAGCGGCGCGUGUCGCCGUACGCCUCCAGCACGGAGAACUCCCCGCCCAACCGGGGCUCCGAGCUCUGCGAGAAGGACAGCGGCAGCGACGUCGGCUACUACAGCUUCUUCGGCCACUGAUCCCUCGCCCCCUACCCUCCCGUAAACAAAAGACUCGACCCUCCGCUCCUAAAUCCCCUGAUGCCCCCGCCCCCCAUAAAGGACCUCCAUGCCCUGUCCACCCACACCUCUGAGAUCUCCAACUGUCCAGUUGCACUGAUGUCCACUGGUGUCCACCCGUGAGGCACUGUGGCGGAGAGACAGACCCGUUGGGAAAGGAAGAGCUCUGCCAAGUGAGACGCGCUCAGACCACAGAACUGAUCUCGGAACAGAUUUGUUUGAAUCUAAACGCGCGUGACACUGGCACCCCCUUAUGUCUAUACGGGACAAUGAAACAGUGGCAAUGUAAACUAGUCUGUGUUUUUCUCUUUUGUGGUUUAGAGUGUCUCUGUGUUGGAUGAUUGCGUGGGAGAUAGAGUGAGUGUGUGUGCGUGCGUGCAUGUGUGUGUGUGUGUGUGUGUGUGUGUGUUUAAGGUGGUUUGGGUAGCAGGGUUGAAAGUCAAUCAGAAGGUCUGAAGGAGGCUGUCAGAGUUUGCGAGGGCCCCGGUGUGAAGCCGAUGUGACUGCGGACAGACACUUGGCCCGAAGACACGGCCACGUACAGUCCUGUGCCACCCUGGUGCUUCAUUUAACCACUGGAGUUUUAAUGGAAGGGAAAGGGGGAGAGGGGGAAGAUAGGGGGAGAGAGAGAGAGAAAAGGAGAGAAAAAAAUGUCUGUGCACCUGCUGACACUCCCCUAAAGGAACUGUCCGGUCUCCCUUAUCACUGACGUAGAAAACACGCUUGGGCACACGCACACACACACACACACACACACACACACACAGCCACUAAAAUCAAACCCACUUACCCAGUCAGUAUUUCCCACAUCCUUCAGACGUCACCUUCUUUUGGCAUUUCAUCGUCAACGUUACGCAUCCCCACAGUGUGUGAAGUGGAAGUGGAAAGCACCAUAUUUGGGUGUUUGUUUGGUUCACACAGACCCUGUUCCGACCACUGAGAGGUGAACACCCAAGGGAGCCUGGUGGGGUUGAAGGCGAGAAUCAAAGGGCACAGACCAUGCAAUGCUUGCACCAAAGUGUCACAGUCUAUUCUUUACACUUGGUGACCUGGGCCCCAGGAGCCCUGCCUUCUGCACCUAACAGCAUCCGUGAGCUCGUUGUGGUAUCACCUAACCAGGAAUACCUGCUUGUUAUAUCCUUUUCUUACUGAAUGAAGGUUUUUUUUUUUGUAUUGAAGGUUUUCUUUUUCAAAGAUAGUUGAUAACUGAGUGUUGGCACACAAGUACUCUUACAUGAGUGGUCUGUGAGCCUAACCAAAAAAAUAGGCUACAUUGUAAUUGGGACUUCAAUUUCUAUUAUGAGCCAAUCUGGAAAAGCCCCGGUCUACCCACACACACACACAAACACACACACACACACAUAGAUAAAGACCACAAUCAAUAACCACAUUACAACAUGCACCACUCAGACACCACCAGCUGAAAAUCGUUAGCGAUAGUUUUGGUGUAACCUUGUCUGUGGAGGGCACGGGCAUUUCGUUUUUUGUUUGUUUUUUUCCCCCUCUCUCCUCAGAGCGGUUCAGAAACGGCUGUCAUUCUGACGGGUGAUAUCCCUCUUGACAGUUUGACCUCAGUGGUAUUUUCCCAAAACAAAUUCUGCGUCUGAAGUACAGUUAUCUCCUCCCAAUAGGAAUUACAGUUGUUUCACUUUUUGUAUCGGGUGCUGUUGACAACGUAGACGUAAUGUGGUGCACACGUUUCCAAACAGACGUGACUGUUUAAAUAUACAACACGAUCGGAUGAAAAGGCAUAAAACACAAAUUACCGUGACUGUAGGUGAACCUGACAGCUGACCUUUCUAUUUACCUGAGUGGCGCUUUUGGGUUUGCUCCACAGUCACGUCGUUAAAUACGAAAAUAUUUAUUCUCAGCAGAGAAGCGAAUUAUCUAGACAUUAGGGGACCCGUAUGUCACUGUAAAUUAGCUGAUGUUAUUUUCUUACGAGCAGAGAUGGUGUGAGAGCAGGUCGCGGCAGAAUUGCAAAACAAAAAAAACAUUGCAUUUGCAUGUUUGCACUGCCUUUUCACCACUCGCCAUGUUGGCACAUUUUGACAUGUGUGCGCUUUUUUGUUUAUUGUUUAAACCAAGUGACAGAAUACAGCAUGUUUAGGGGUAUGAAACAUUCAAGCUGAGAAGUUAGGUAAACAGUGACGAUAAUAAUCCAUCUGAAGGCCCAGGCUUGAUUUAUAAGAUGAGACCCCUCUCGUAGGCACCUGUACUUAUCUUUUCAGCACACUGUAGGGAGUGAUUAACUCAAACCCAAAGCCUGACCCACUACAUGUUAUGACAACAUGAACAUGUAGAAGAAAUGCAUGGUACUAUUCAAUUAGUGUAAAAUGAAGCCCCAAGUCCCAGUAUAAACACACACACACACACACACACACACACACACACAGAGUAGUCUGACCAAGUAACAUUUGUGCCAAUUUAUCUUGAGAGCCUAAUAAUCAUCUUAAGCACUGAGCCUGUGACUAAUGUACAAUAAUGACUGAUGUCAAUCAACUAUCAGACAACCCCUUUGUCUUGAUGUUUUUCUAAAUCAUGUGUUCUGAUAACCCUUGUGCCCUCCGAUAUCCUUCUUCAGAGCCUUUAGUGUUGGAACAGCCCUGGUGCUGUAAAGCUGACGGUACAAUACAGAAUUGUUCAGACUGAAUAUUCCUGACGGCUCCUUAAUCCAGACUAAUGCAAUGAGAAGCCAUCCGAUGGCAGAUCCAAUUGCCCUUUGCCUUGACUACUAAAGCACGCUCCUCGCGACUGACAGUGCCGCAACACGACAGCGCACAGAUGGCAUUUUGGAGUGGAGGUAUGUGGAGGAAUCUGCCCCUCCACUCCUCUGCUGUUUUCCCGCUCCAUGCCCACGUAACGCGCCUGGCUCAGGGGAAAGAGAUGCCAUUUUAUAUCCAGCUCUGUGGGCACCCUGGCGCAAGGAGUAAUGCAAUGCCCCCCCUUAAAAUAAAAUCCACAAUGCCACGGAAAGGUUAGCUUCAUCGGAAGGGAAUCGUAAAAAAUAAAUAAAGAAAUAACUGUCAUGAUUUGUAUGUCAAUCUGACACGACCUGACAGUGUCAGGGAAAAUAAAAGGCAUGAUACAGUUUUCUGUAAACUGUUUCAUUUCAAUACACUUGAACGUCAGAUCAUAUUUGUGAAAAUUCAGGAAAUUCAAGAGCACAUUUUUGAAUUGUCAAUUAAUAAUGAUGAAGCACAACAUCUCAAAAACAUUACUUUGUGUUUGUUUGUUCAUACUCUCGGAAAAGCACUGAAAACCCUCUGGCCACUUUUUAUGUUUUUGUACACUGGCAAUUUCCCAGCAGUUAUUUAGCCUCUGGAGCCCAAUGAACAUGGAACAUGGCUUGAUUGACCCUUAGUGGGUACUGUAUGUGUGAGUGUGGGUAACAGAA